UUGAAACAAAAAUAAUAAUAUUAUAUUCUGCGUAUAUAAAUAAAUCUGCGUUCAAUACUCGUCCCAGAACAAGUCCACUGUCCGUGAAUCAUGUAUUCGCAGUUAUUUUGUUGUGUAAUUUUCCUGUUUGCAGUACAAUGUUAUGGUGAUCCGAUGCUGUGCUCCAUGAAUGAAAUCCUAGACUGCGUAUUCGAAUGUCCCCCGGAGAAGUCUUGUCGUAACCGAGAGAUAAAGUUUAGCUGUUUAGAUGUUAUCACACCAUGCAGACCCAAGUGCGUUUGUAAGAAAGGAUACAUUCGAAACUCACAGAAUGUGUGCAUUUUGGAAGAUUAUUGUGAGAAAUGUAAUGGUGAAAACGAGUAUUAUUCGUGUGGACCCCACUGCGACAACGUGUGCGCAACAUUGCACGAAAUGAAUCAAACCCACUGUCCGAUUGUCAACAUUCGGUGCAACGACAAAUGCUACUGCAGGGAAGGAUAUGCCAGGAAUGACCAGAAUGAGUGCAUUCCGAUAUCCGAAUGUCCUGUCAUCACAACAGUUUCAGAAUCCUGUCCGCCGAACGAAGAAUACAAUAGGUGCAUGCCAUGUCCACCAGACACGUGUACGUCUCUUGUAGCCAAGUAUAAAUGUGACGCUAAAGCCUGUGAACCUGGAUGUGUGUGCAAGACCAAUUAUCUGAGGAAGACUUCACAGGCCCCGUGCACACCGACCUGGGAAUGCCCCGAGUUGGCUCAUACUCUUGACUUUCAUUAAUAAAAUAAUUUAAUUAAUCAA